CCAUGGCCACCAAACGCGUCAUGCUCGCGGAGGGGUGUCGCCCACGGCCACCCUCGCCAUGGCCAGCCCGGCCAGCCAUGGCGUUCCUGCGAACGGCGUGCUUCGCGAUCCUCCCUCUGCUCGUCUCACCCAACUUGACGUUCUACGAGGAGCUCUGCCCGCUGCCGGCCAACGACGGCCCCGCGAGUAGCAAGCUGGCACCGCCAGUGGGCCGCUGCGACUUCGACGCCAACUCGCUGGUCGUCAUGGAGGACUUCGACAUGGAGGAGUACGCCGGCAGCUGGCACGAAGUCUACGCCAGCGGCAACCCUCGCAACUGUAGCACGCACGUGUUCGCCACCGCCAGCGGCGCCGUCACGUACUUCGAGAAGGACUACGACUUGAGCACGGCAACGUACCGGGCGAUCCAGGGCAGGGUGCAGAGCGUGGCCACAGCACAAGUGUUGAUCCGGCGGCCGCGCGUGGUGGGGCUGGAGACCUACUCGAUCCUGGACACGGACUACCUCACCUACGCCAUCGUGCACACCUGCACCGUGCUCGCGAGCGAGCCGGCGGCGGUGCGGGUGCUGAGCCGCGACUACGUGCUGCCGAGCCGCGUGGCCGAGGCCGUGGACGCCGUGCUGCUCAGAAGCUUCAGCUUGACUCGCGACGAGCUCACUGCCACCGACAACAAGGGCUGCAUUCCCGACACGUGCCCGCCGGUCGGACCCACCGCGCAGUACCUGGACCUACGCCAAUUCGCAGGGUGGUGGCACCAGCUCAUGAUCCUGUCCAAGGACCCUCCGCAGACCGCCAUGCCGAGCUGCACCAAGUGGCUGCUCACGCCCGCGCCCAACGACAGCGUGUUCCUGCAGCGGGAAGUCCCGAGCAAGGACCAGAACCAGAGCCCCCGGCGCCUGCCCACCCUGGAGGCGCGCCCCGACGACCCGCUGGCCGGCGACGGCCACUUCAGCAUCCAGCAACGGCUGGAAGGGGCCUCGUCGACAGUGCGCUUCGACGUCCUCGGCGUCGACUACCAAUCGUGGGCGCUCGUCGCGGUCUGCAACCACACCUUAAUGAGGAGCAACUUGAACAGAGCCGUGGAGAUGUACACGAUACUCCUGUCGCGGUAUCCCUUGGUGGACUCCGUACCGUGGAGCGAGCUGAGGGACACCCUGGCUCGGCACGACCUGCAGGGCCUCCACCGCGAGGUCACGUCGUCGAUGUCGUGCCCUUCGCCGCGCUGCCUGGACUGGAUUCCCGCCAAGGCGCCCUUCGACGCCGAGAGGUUUUUAGGAUACUGGUUCGUCAUGGAGCAGACGGCGACCAAAUCGGACACGGGUUUCUGCGCCAAGCACUUGCUGAGUUGGGACAAUAAUGUUGGAUCGCACGACGUUCAUUUGGACAUCAUCCAGUACAAGAGGUCCCCCGGCGCCCUGAACGUCAUACCAUACCGGUUAUCGCAGGACAUCCCGUUCGAGGGCAAGUUCACUGUCGUGGAGCCCAUGCCUUUCGGUCAGCUCAGCUCUGACUCGUUCAAAACCUACUGGGUCCUCGACACCGACUACGAGAGCUUCGCCGUGGUGUACAGCUGCUCGGGGCCGAGAGAAGAGCGCGUCUGGAUCAUGAGCCGCGUGCCGGGGCUCAGCUGGACGGCGAGCCGCCACGUCGUGGACGUGCUGGUGCAGAGCCACGUGGACGUCGCCGCGCUGCGCACGGUGGACUGGCCCGUCUUCUGCGCCACCUGGCCCGACCCCAGCGUGGACCCCGACGACCCCGACCGGCCGCAAAAGCCACUGAAGAGCCAGCUGAAGAGGCACAUGGACACAAGGGAAGAAACAUAA